UCAUGUAAUUUGGGUUGAGACUUAAGAGCGCAUAGAAAUAGCAACACUGCGAAACACCCCCUCGUCUUCUCUACUGUCAUCUUUCUCUCCUUACAUUUCCUUCUCUGAAGGGUUUUGGAGAAAUUCAUGAGCUGGGUUGUACCCCUACUGCAGCUGAGAAGCAGUGAUUGUUGGAUUAUGCAUCUUUUAUGGAAUUUUUGUUAGAUGGAAAAAUUUCUUUACUGUUAUGGGCAGUAUAAGUUUGCCUGUUUAUACUGAAAAGACUUAUUAAGUCUUGAGAAUUGUUGGUUUUCUUGUGACUUUUUUAGAAUUAUUAAUUUUUUUUUGGGAUUAUCUUAUUUUAAACCCACUGGUUCCUUAGUUUUUUAUUGGUUCUCCUUGGAUAGUUUGUAAACUUUAUUAUGUUAUGUUUAGUACACGUAUGUGAAAUGUUUAAUGCAUUGUUUAUUUUGGAUUGGUUUUUUUUAUUGCAUGUUAAAGGCAGCUUUAGUAAACGCUGAUUGUGUCUAUGGGUACUGCUCAAAAUUUCGCCCCCCCUGUAUCACAGUUUCGUCCUGCAGUCCCAGGGCAGCAAGGACAGCCAUUUUUACCUGGGCCUUCGCCGCCAUUUCCUCCGACUGGACAGAAUAUGCCGUCUGGUCCAAAUCAGCCUAUGCACCCUAGUCAACCUAUGCAGUUUUCACAACCAAUGCAGCAUUUACCUCCUAGACCUGGGAUGCCUGGUGGUCCUUUAUCAUCACAAGCUAUGGUUAUGCCGUAUGCUCAACCUAACAGGCCUAUGACAAUGAAUGCACCUCAGACUCAGCAUUCUGCUCCGCCCUUUAGCAAUCACACACCUUCCGUAAGUGGAAUGGGACCUCCUUUUUCCACAUCAUACACAUUUCAACCAGCACCGCAUUUGUCCACUCCUUCAGCUCCAGUUUCUGGGCAGCCUUGGCUUUCAUCUGCAACUCCAACCACUACUCCUUUCGUGUCAGCUUCACAAACAGCUGACCAGCCUGUGGCUAUCCCUGCUGUCAAUCCUCCUGAUACAACUCAACAGUCCUCAUCUGAUUGGCAAGAGCACACCACUUCUGAUGGCAGAAGAUAUUAUUAUAACAAGAAGACUAAACAAUCCAGUUGGGAGAAGCCUUUAGAGUUAAUGACCCCAUUGGAGAGAGCUGAUGCAUCUACAGUGUGGAAGGAGUUCACUACUCCAGAAGGAAAGAAGUAUUACUAUAACAAGGUUACUAAGGAAUCAAAAUGGACAAUACCUGAAGAGUUGAAGUUGGCUCGUGAACAAGCUGAAAAAGCAGCUAGCCAGGGGUUGCCGAAAGAUACUGUGACCUCUGAGGAGACACCUGUGCCUGCUGCUGGUGUGGCUAGUUCCAAUGGCUUAUUGUCUACCUCAGGUGGAGGUUCGACUUUGUUAAGUACAACACCAGCUGUCAACCCAUCACCUGUGGUUAAUGUUGCGUCAUCAGAACCUUCUUUGGGGAAUUUUGCUACUCCACCUAUCAAGGAUGUAUCAAGCUCUCCUGCAGCUUCUAUUUCUAUGCCUGCUGCUUCUGCAGUGGGAGAUGUUGGGCUUUCGAAUCCCUUGAAUCCCACCUUAGCAAUAAUGAACGCUUCUGAUAGAUCCCAAGAACUUUCUACCUCUACAGAUGGAGCUGCAUUGCAGGAUCUUGAGGAAGCACACAAAGGGAAUGUCGAUCUUAGUGAGAAACAAAAUGAUGAUGAACCUCUAGUUUUUGCCAACAAACAGGAAGCAAAAAAUGCCUUUAAGUCACUUCUUGAGUCUGCAAAUGUUCAGUCUGACUGGAACUGGGAUCAGGCGAUGAGGGUGAUUGUCAAUGACAAGAGGUAUGGGGCUCUGAAAACUUUGGGAGAGAGGAAGCAAGCAUUUAAUGAGUAUUUAGGACAGCGAAAGAAGCAGGAGGCUGAGGAGCGACGCCUGAGGCAGAAAAAAGCAAAGGAAGAAUUUACAAAAAUGUUGGAAGAGUCGGAGGUUCUUACAUCAUCCAUGAAAUGGAGUAAAGCUAUAACUCUGUUUGAAGAGGAUGAACGAUUCAACGCUGUUGAUAAGCCCAAAGAUCGGCAAGAACUUUUUGAGAACUACUUGGUUGAACUUCAAAAAAAGGAAAAGGAGAAGGCUGAAGAAGAGUAUAGGCGGAAUAGAGACGAUUACUGGAAGUUUCUUGAGUCUUGCAGCUUUAUUGAGGCCAACAGCUUAUGGAGAAAAGUUCAGGACCGCUUGGAGGACGACGAGAGAUGCUCACGUCUUGAAAAGAUUGAUCGUUUGGAAAUAUUCCAGGAUUACAUUCGUUUCUUGGAAAAGGAAGAAGAAGAGCAGAAGAAGCUUCAGAAGGAACAAUUGAGGAGAGCAGAGCGAAAAAAUCGUGAUGAAUUUCGUAAUAUGUUAGAGGCUGAUAUUGCAGGUGGUGUUAUCAACGCGAAAACAAGCUGGCGUGAAUACUGUGGAAAGGUCAAAGAUUCUUCUGCUUAUCUUGCUGUGGCACGCAACACAUCUGGGUCAACUCCAAAAGAUUUAUUUGAAGACGUGGUUGAGGACUUGGAAAACCAGUAUCACGAUGACAAGAGCAUAGUAAAGGAUGCAAUGAAAUUGUGCAAGAUCACUAUGACUUCAGCAUGGACCUUCGAAGAAUUCAAAGAAGCUCUUUUCUCUGAACUCAGAUCUCCUUCAAUUUCCGAUACUAAUUUGAAGUUAGUGUUUGAAGAGCAACUUGAGCGAGUCAAAGAGAAGGAAGAGAAAGAAGCCAAAAAGCGCCAGCGUCUGUUGGAUGACUUCACUGAUCUAUUGCGGUCUUUGAAAGAAAUAACUCUUUCUUCUACUUGGGAAGAUUCUAAACAACUCUUUGAAGAUAGUGAAGAGUACAAGGAAAUUGGAAGUGAAAGUUUGGCCCAAGAAACCUUUGAGGACUAUGUUGUUUACCUUCAAGAAAAGGCAAAAGAGAAGGAACGAAAACGCGAAGAAGAAAAGGCUAAAAAGGAGAAAGAAAGAGAGGAAAAGGAGAGGAGGAAGGAGAAGGAGAGAAAGGAGAAAGAUAGAGACCGUGACAGAGAAAAAAGGAAGGAACGUUCUAAGAAAGAGGAAUCAGAUGAUGAAUCUAUCGAUGCAAAUGAUAGCCACAGCCAAAAGGAAGAAAAUAGGAAGGAGAAGGAAAAAGACCGAGAUAGAAAGCAUAGGAAACGGCACCAUGAAACCGUUGAUGAUGUUAGUUCGGACAGGGAUGACGAUAGAGAGAGACGUACCCGUAAACGGCACCAUGACAUUGCUGAUGUGAGUUCUGACAAAGAUGAUAAGGAUGAGCACAAGAAAUCUCGUCGACAUGGUAGCGAGCGGAAAAAAUCUCGUAAGCAUGAAUACUCACCUGAUUCUGAUGGUGAAAGUAAAUACAAACGGCACAAGAGGGAUCACCGUGAUGGUUCACGAAAAGGUGGCCAUGAUGAUCUUGAAGAUGGCGAGCUUGGUGAGGAUGGUGAAAUCUCGUAAUCCUCAAAGAGCAGUGAACUUCUUCCCUUAGCCCUCACUUUGUAUCAAUAGAAUAAUUACUUGAACUCCCAUUUAAUUUUUGGUCUUUUUCCUUGUUUUUCUAGCAUCUAUUACAAUAUGUCUAUGUGUUCAUUAUAUCUGCUUGGCCAAAUGAUCUAUUCCUUGUGUUACUGUCUAAUAAUAGGAAAUAUUUUCCUGUUUGUGUUGCGCACUUUGCAUUUGGCCUUUGACGAUCCAUUUGAAUUGUGAAUGUAAUUUAAGAAUGAUAGUCUUUUUUGUA